AUGUCAUCUGCUCCAUUGUUACAAAGGACUCCAGGCAAGAAGAUUGCGCUACCAACCAGAGUUGAGCCUAAGGUGUUCUUCGCCAACGAACGUACGUUUCUGUCGUGGCUAAAUUUUACCGUGAUGUUGGGUGGUCUCGGUGUCGGGUUGCUCAACUUUGGUGACAAAGUGGGCCAAAUCAGUGCCGGGUUGUUCACGCUGGUGGCUAUGGCCACCAUGGUGUACGCGCUGGUGACCUACCACUGGAGGGCUGCGGCCAUCAGACGCAGGGGCUCCGGACCUUACGACGAUAGGUUGGGGCCUACGCUGCUCUGUUUCUUCUUGCUGAUUGCCGUGGUGGUCAACUUCAUUCUCAGAUUGAAGUACGACUAG